AUGAAAAAAUUCACUUCUUUCGGAGGCGGCUCUGGCAGCCGCAAAAAGGAGGCUGCGGCGAACGCGGGCGAACAGCGAGCUCAAGGUCGAGAAAAUGCAGGUUCCGAGCUCGACUCAAGCACGAUGAAUGAACUGGAGAUGUUGCGAGCAGAGAACGCUCAUCUGAAGCGGCUCAUCGAACAGCAGCAGGAAGCGCAGGUGGUCGGCGGCGAGGAUCCAGCGAGAGAUGCGGAGGUUGCUCAUCUGCGCAGAGAGCGAGACGAGCUUCAGCGACAACUGGCGAACCUGCAGAGCGACUACGAGGCUCUCCAGAGAGACUAUGCGAAUCUGCAAAGAGACAGGCGCCUUGAAGUGAACGAACACCACAGUGAGACGCGGACGGUCGAGGCUCAGAUCGAAUUCAUGAGCCAACAGCAUAAACACGAACUCGAGGAAAAGGAGAGUCGGAUUCGCGACCUCGAGAUGAAGCUCGUCGACUUGGAGCAGGAAGUCGAACUGGCGCAGAGCCCAACACACUUCAUUCACGUUCGAUCCCUAGAUAUGGACGAAAUGAAAGAACGAAUCGCCGACCUGGAGAAACGACUGCAGGUUGCGAAUGCAGACAAUCGAAGGCGAGCAGAGGAAGCGGAUCGCCUUCGAGAAGAACUGGAGGAGGCGAAACUCAAAGGGGGAGACGAAGGACUCCUCGCCUCGGUGAACGCCGAGAAAGAUUAUUUCAAGGCUCAAGUUGCUGAGCACGAAGCGAAGGCUCAGAAUUACCACGACAAAGCGACCGACCUCGAGGCGCAGGCGCAGUCGCUCUCAGAAGAGCUGCACAGGAAGCAAGAGAUCAUAGGCCGGCUGGAAUCUCAACUUGCGGACCUGCGAAUGCGGCACUCACCGGGACGCGCGGAGGCGCACGAGGGCGGCGGAGGCGAGGCGCCUCUUCCUCAGGACGUCAAGGAACUUCAGCAACUGCUGCGGGAGAAGGAGAAAGCAGUUUGGGAUCUCAGCGACCGCCUGCUCGCGACGAGCUCCGAAAAAGACAACGUCGAACAGGAGAACCGGCAACUGAAGAUACAGUUGGAAGCGGCGCAAGCGUCGAGUUCGCAGCCUCUCACGCCUUCUGGGAAGAAGAGCAAAAGCAAGGGAGGGGGCGUCUCCGACGAGGUGUACAGACAGCUGCAGACGCAGCUGGCCGCCGUGCAGACGCAGCUAGCCACGGCGACUGCGGAGAAGGACGAGAGCGAACGCAGAAGGAAGGUUCACACUGUGGAGAUGGAGCAGAAACUUGAAGGCGCUGACAGGAGCCUCAGGAGACUCGCAGAAGACAAAGACCGUCUCGAAUGCGCGCUGAAGAAAAAAGACGCAGAAAUCGCUGCUCUCGAAGUUUCACAGGACUAUCGCUCUCAGGCCUUGGCUGUCGCCCGUGGUGUGGCUCUCCCUCCCCUCCCUAAGACGCAGCCUGCAGGAGGCAGCGAGGAGGGCACCGGCGCGCAUGCGACCAACGACCUCGAAAUCGAGCUCGCCCUGAAGAGCGCGGCUCUGCGAGCUCUCAGCGUGAAAAACGCUCAUCUCCACGAUGUCCUUCAGCGCCUCCAACACACGACCAGCAUGGAGGCCACGGAGAAGGAACUUCAAAGGACAAAAGCGACGCUCCAAGACGUGCACUCUCAACUUUGUCAGGCGAAAGGUGAUUUGCAGAAACAAAAAGCAGAGAAAACUCAGCUCGAGACGCGCGUCUCUCGCCUUGAAGCGGAACUCGAAGUCUCUCGACAGGACGACAGAGUCGCCAGAGAGGCCCUCGCGGAGGCUCAGAAGCGCAACGCUCGAACGGCGGAGGAAUACAAGGCCCAAAACGAGAAAUAUUCGUCGCUGUUGGCGCGAGCAAUGGCCGAUGUCGAGCGCAUGGAGGCCGAGCUGACGAAGGAGCGCAGCGCCCGGCGAGAAGCAGGGAAGACCUUUCGAGAACAGCUGCGGCGCUUGCGUGCGUCGAAGGCGCGUCGCCUGGACUUUGCGACGGCAGAUCCGCUCCAGCCUCUCCCGAGUUCUAAGGAUCUUCUGACUUCUCCCUCGGGUGCUAACAGAGACAAUUCUUGCAGCAGCUCUGUGAGCAGGUCCCUCAGAGGCCCUUCAACGACGCAAGACGCGGCGGCACCCCAAGGCGGCCAACCUUUGACCUUUCCAAUAGGAAAAGAUGAGUGUGAAAGGCCUCGAGGGAGAAACGCAUUUGACACAGAUGCACAUUUCUUCCAGAGAGAGCGAUUGGCGAAUCAACUUGCGAGUGCUCCAGAGUCCAAAACGACAGCGAGAGACAGAGACGGCAGAGGAUCGACGCGUACUGGGGUGUCUACACCCCACGCAGACCUGUCAGGUGCAUGUGCGGCCUGGAGACGCGAGACGCAGCAGCUGCCGAGGCCAGUCGGGGACGACGGCCUCUUUCUGUCUUCGCCUGCGAGUUCUUCCUUCCUCUCGCCUGCAGCUCAUCCAGAGGAAGAGGCGUUGCACAACGCGCAACUUUCUCAUCUUUCCGCUCCCGGCGGCAUGUCCGCGAACUGCCCCACCGGGGGAUCUGAGGUGUAUGUACACCCGGAGCGCCUCGCAGAUGACGCGUUCUACUACAUCCUGGGGGACGACGGGAGAGUCCGUUGCGUGGAGCGCGCGAAGGUGUCAAGAGCGAGUUUCGAUCAGCGAGAGCAGAGAGGAGAGACCCUUCAGGUGACGAAAGAGGAUCAGGAGCGCACAAAGCAGAUCCUGAGGACUUUCCUGGAAGAAGAACGCGUUUUCCGAGAAGAAACCGAGAGGAACCAGGGCGCGCGUUACGCCAGCGGUCACAGUGAGGCCCAAGACCGUUUUUCCUCCUCGCCGCAGGCUUCCUCGCGACGGCGACACCAGCGCGAAAGGAGACACUUUGAGAGCGAGAGCGUGGAACCUGGAAAUUCGUCUGCGGUUGCUUCCGACCGUCGAGACGCGUCUUCCUCCUCUUUUCUUCGCGCCGACUUUUCUUUGAGGGAAUCGCAGAGUUCGCCCUCUCGCCAGGCCUCCCGAGAGCAGACGCUCUAUGCGCGGCGCGCCCCCGUAGCGGAGGAUUUGCCCCCGGCCGGGGCCUCGGCCCGCCGCGCAUUCUUGCCCAGCGGCGCAUGCGGCUUAUACUCGGAGACGACCUGGCCGACGAGGCCCCAUGCGUACCGAACUGAAGCUUGGCAGGCGGAGAGUCGCCCAGCCGAGGCGUUUGGGCGCGACGAUACGCAGCACGCGCUGUUUUCGCUUUCAGCUGAUAGCUCUCGCCUCGUCAGCGCACAGAGCGACAACGUGAGAAAGGACUCGGAGGUUUUUUCUGGAAGGCGCGAGGCGGCAGAGUCCGGCGUUGGAAGCGAGGAGACGGCGUGUGCAAUCCAAAGCCUCGGCGCGGUCGAGCAACUCUUUCCUUCAACACCUGCAUCUCCCGAGAGAUCUGUUGCCGCGAGGGGAGCAGCACCGCAGUCGCACUCGCAUGCUGGGGAUCUCUCAACGGGAGAAACGUUCGCUUUCCAGGACAGCCAGCAGAUGCCACAGGCAUCCUCCGAGGAAACGGAGACAAGCGGGGGACGCAGAGGCGACUCCAACGGAUCCGAAGGUCCUCAGGGAAAGGCGACCCAAAGCAAACGCGAAGGAGGGCAAGCCGGAGAAGUGGAACAGGCAGAAGAAGUAGAAGAAGAGGAAGAAAAAGGAGGAGAAAGAGAGAGAGAGACGCCAGGGAUGUUAAACUCUGUGAAACCCCGCAGAGAAGCCCGAGAUGGUGGAGAGCAGACUGCCAAGACAGGAAACGAAAGUCGAGUGCCUCGACACGGCAGCGAAGCGAGCAGAGAGACUCAGAAAGCAAACGGAGGAGAGGUCAACUGCGGGACGAGGCUGAAGCCGCUGCAUGUGUCUGCCGAUGAGAGCAGUGGCACUGCAUGCAGUGAAAUGGCGGGUGUGUUUCUGCGCGGAGACAACGAAGAACGAGGAGGCGACGUCGACGUCGCUUCAUUAGUUGAUCGUUUGCACUCCAUUAGCGAGAAGGGCAAACAACUCUUUGGGGAGAAAAAAAGAACAGAAGAGAAAGAAGAGGGAACGCGAGGCGAGGCCCCGAACGAGGCAGGCGAUACAGAAGAAAUCGCAGCUCUUGUUGAAGUUGAUUUGUCGUAA